CAUAUAAAAUCAAAAAGGCACUACCCACCAACUCGCGAAUCUUUCAAAAACCCUCCGAUACUCGCUCUCUCCAGCUCUCUCUUUCACUUUCCUUCUCCUUCUCCUAUCAAACAUGGAGAAAGAAGAUCUGCAGAAGGUUACAGAUCUCGUGAAGGAUUUGGUCCUUCGAUUACUCUCGCAAAACCCUAACCCUAAUACUCCAACCCCUAGUCCUCAGUCCUCAGAUUUCCAAAAUUCUCUCCGCUACGCAGUUCGAAUUCUCUCAAGCCGUUUGACACCUUCGAUUGCACCUGAUGCUGCCGCUAUCGCCGAGUCAAUCAAGCGUCGCCUUGCCACCCAAGGUAAGUCCUCUCAGGCCCUCACUUUCGCUCAUCUUUACUCCCAAUUCGCAUCUAAAACGGGGCCUGGAAGCGUAAACAACAAGUGGGCGCUUCUUUAUUUGCUCAAAAUUAUAUCCGAGGAUAGAAAGAGUGCAAUAAAUGGACCCGAUUCCACUGUCUUGUUGCAUAAUUUGGUGUAUUCAGAUGCUGAACAAGGGAGUGAUUCAAGGGUUAUGCGAAGUAGGGAAAGUAGAGAAAAGGGGUGGAAUAAUGGGGUUUUGUUGUUGGCAAAAGACCCAGAAAAUUUACGUGAUAUGGCAUUUACAGAGUACGUAAAUUUAGUUAAAGAGGAGAAUGAGGUGUCUGAGGAGGUCUUAGUAAGGGAUGUAUUAUAUGCUUGCCAAGGAAUUGAUGGCAAGUAUGUGAAAUUUGAUGCCAACGUUGAUGGAUAUGCAUUAUUGGAUUCAAUUAAGGUUCCUAGAGCAACUAGGAUUAUGGUUAGGAAGCUAUGUGAACUGGGUUGGUUAUUUAGAAAGGUUAAGGGUUAUAUUUCUGCGAGUAUGGAUGGGUUUCCUGCUGAAGAUGUGGGAACUGUUGGGCAAGCAUUUUGUGCUGCCUUGCAAGAUGAGCUUUCAGACUACUAUAAGUUAUUGGCUGUGCUUGAAGCACAGUCCAUGAAUCCAAUUCCAUUGGUUUCAGAGGCUGCAAGUUCAGCAAAUUAUCUGUCGUUAAGGAGAUUGUCAGUUUGGUUUGCUGAGCCGAUGGUGAAAAUGAGGUUGAUGGCUAUUUUGGUUGAUAAGUGUAGAGUUUUGAGAGGCGGGGCAAUGGCUGGGGCCAUUCAUUUGCAUGCCCAACAUGGUGAUCCUCUUGUGCAUGAGUUUAUGAGGCGUUUACUACGGCAGGUGUGCUCUCCCCUUUUUGAGAUGGUGAGACGUUGGGUUUUGGAAGGGGAGCUGGAGGAUAUUUUUGCUGAAUUCUUUGUUGUGAGCGAGCCUGUGAAAGCAGAAUCACUUUGGAGAGAAGGUUACCAGCUCCAUGCAGGGAUGCUUCCUUCAUUUAUUUCACAAUCUCUUGCUCAGCACAUAUUGAGGACAGGCAAGUCAAUAAAUUUCCUUCGUGUUUGUUGUGAUGAUCAUGGUUGGGCUGAUGCUGCCACUGACGCUGCGGCUGCUGCUGGGACCACAACUAGAAGAGGGAGUUUAGGAUAUGGUGAAACUGAUGCUCUUGAAUCUCUUGUUGCUGAAGCUGCAAAAAGAAUUGAUAGACAUUUAUUGGAUGUCAUGUACAACAGGUAUAAGUUCAAGGAACAUUGUCUUGCUAUCAAGCGUUAUUUACUUCUGGGGCAAGGUGAUUUUGUACUGUAUCUGAUGGAUAUUGUUGGACCAGAUCUUUCCGAGCCUGCUAACACUAUUAGCUCAUUUAAAAUAGCAGGGCUGCUGGAAACUGCAAUCCGCUCAUCUAAUGCUCAGUAUGAUGAUCCUGAUAUCUUAGACAGGUUGAGGGUUAAAAUGAUGCCUCAUGGAACAGGAGACAGGGGCUGGGAUGUAUUCUCAUUGGAAUAUGAUGCUAGGGUUCCACUAGAUACUGUGUUCACAGAGUCUGUCAUGGCAAGAUAUUUAAGAAUUUUUAACUUUCUAUGGAAGCUUCGACGUGUGGAGCAUGCACUUAUCGGUGCUUGGAAGACUAUGAAACCAAAUUGUAUCACUUCCCAUUCAUUCACCAAGUUGCAGCAAGCAGUUAAGUUGCAGUUGCUUUCAACAUUGAGAAGAUGCCAGGUUCUGUGGAAUGAUAUGAAUCAUUUUGUUACAAACUUGCAAUACUAUAUAAUGUUUGAAGUUUUGGAGGUUUCUUGGUCUAAUUUUUCAAAUGAAAUGGAAGUAGCCAGAGAUCUUGAUGAUCUGCUGGCAGCACAUGAGAAGUACCUCCAUUCCAUUGUGGAGAAAUCUCUUCUUGGCGAACGGUCUCGAACUCUUUACAAAUCACUCUUUGUAUUGUUUGACCUUAUAUUGCGAUUUAGAAGUCAUGCGGAUAGACUAUAUGAAGGAAUUUAUGAAUUUCAAGCAAGAACCAUGGAAUCUCAAGACAAGAACAAGUCAAGAAGGAACGGAAGUGACAAAUCUUCUGAGCCUGGUUCAUGGAUUGGUGAGGGCAGGAAAGCCCUUACACAGCGUGCUGGUGAAUUUCUUGGUAAUAUGGGACAAGAACUGGAUGCAAUUGACAAGGAAUAUAAACUAUUACUUGAUAAUUUCUUAUCUCAGUUACCUGUGCAACAGCACAUUGAUUUGAAAUUGCUGCUUUUCCGGCUUGACUUCACUGAAUUUUAUAGCCGGUUGCGUCAAUAAGAAGGCUGUUGAUACUUGAUACAUUUCAUUCCAGUUAGGGACUAGCUAGUGUGUUGCUGACAUCUGAUCGUAGUCCAAGUUCAAUUGCUUUGUUUAUAGAUGUUGUUUGCCCAUUUGUGAUUGCUUGCCUGAAGUUUGCAGUGAGUUGAAGGUAUUUUGGUGUUAAAGUGGGGUGUUAAGUGUUAACCAUAAUGUUGUACAUUUGUUGAUUCUAACAGUUCAAUUGAUAAGUUUCUGUUUUCUCACGGCUGUUCCAAGCUGUUGAUUUUGAGCUUGUAUAGUUGUACCAUAGUCUAGAUGAUCAACAAUACAUGCUAUGAGCUAUUUUUCCAUCUGAUUCUGUUUCUUUUGUACACCUCUUUUAAUUUACAAAUUCUUCCUUACCCUAAACAAAUCUAUAUUUGGAUGAGUUGCCUUACAAAGUGUUAGGGAUACCGAUGUGGGGUGGUAAACAAUGAAUUGUCUUUAUGUGGAACUUCAUUCUCCCAAGCCAUCAUAUGGAUUGAGUAGAGACCAGUGAAGCAAGCCUAGUGACAAUUUGGGCUCCAUAAAGCGAAUGACACUAUGCUUUCUAGUUUCUACAUGUUUUAUUCUGAGUUUACCAUUUGGGUUAUUAUUAUGAAUGUUGUAGAGACCAUACAUAGAUUGAUGUGGGCUUUCAGAGAGUCCAUUUUCAACAUUUUUUUAGGAUUAGAGUUAAAUGAAUUUGUUUACAGCGGUUUGCUAAAUAUAAGGAAGUAUUUCCCCCACCCCCUAUCUGUCUGAACGCCAACAUAAGAUAUGCAGGUUGUAUUACUUGCUUGGGUCCAUAGCAUCAGUUUCGUAAAUUGCUGUGUAGUUAAGAAAUGAGAGGUUGUGGUUGCUGCUCUUGGAUCACCUAUGUGGUCUAUUCUACCACUCGUGCUGUGGGAAUGGUCAAUAUUUUGAUGGCCGAAUCGAUCAUUAUUGUGAUGGAUGCUCUAGAAAGCAUGCAUAUGGUGGUUGUUGUUACCUCUAUGGAGCAUCUCUUUUCAGAUGGUUCAUCGGUAAGGAAUUAGCCCAUGGAAGAUCUCCCUUGUGGUUCCAGAGUAUUAAGCCGCUCAUUGCUGAAUCUGUUGAGCGGGAAGUCAAAAGUAAUGGUAUGAACUUUGAAGGUUAGUUUAUAUUGACUUACCUCUAAUUGUCAGUUUAUAGCUGUUAUCUUUAAUUUCUUUCCUGGCUUUCUAUUAGCAACACACCACUGCAGGUUCCAUCUAUUUUGCAUCAUUUGGGGGGCUCAUUAUUUGAUCGGCGGAUUGUAUUUGGGAAACACAUUGGUAUGGUGAGGCGGAUUUGUCUAGUAGUUGGACUUGUUUGUAUAUUGAAGUACUUCUUUGAUGGAGAAAAGUAGGAAAUGUGUAAUGGUGAACUUGUUUUUGUCUGCACAGAAAUUAAUGAAAGAAAGGUGAAAUUCUUUUAC